CAAACACUAACCCUUUAUCGCGGAUCAGUGCAAUAUGUAUAGCCUUCAUCAACACAGACUUCUCCGCCUCUCUUGACCACAUACGCCAGUGCAUAAUGCUCCAUCAUGUUCAUUGAUUGACUCGGCAGAUUUUGCUAGGUUGACAUCUUUCUUUUCUCCCCCAAUUGCCCCCGGGGCCAUACAACAAGUUGGAGCUUCUAGUCAAUGAUCUUGGAACACAACGCAAGAUGUCAUCAUUCCAACGCCAAUCGGCGUUCCUUCACCAAAUUCGCCUUUCGUCGCCCUUCAAGCACUUCUUCCGCCGUCAAUAUUCAACUCCUCCUCCUUAUUCAUCUUCAAAAGACUCUUCAUCUCGUCUUCGCAAGCUGAAUGAUCGCCUCCCGCCCUUCCUUCGCGCCUACACAACUCCAUUACUCGGGGCUCCAGCAACACAUGUUACGUCCUUUUUGAUCCUACAUGAACUCACUGCCAUCGUACCUCUAUUUGGACUAGUAGCUGCUUUUCACUACGGGAACUGGUUACCAGACUUAACCUCUAAUAACGCCUUCGAGGAAGGAACACAGCGUUUUGGGCGAUGGUUACGGAAGAAGGGCUGGGUGGAGGACGUUGAUGUGGAUGCUGUUGAAGGGGAUGUAGGUGUGAACCAUCAAGACCUUAUGACAGAGAAGCCGAUUGCGGGGAGCAAUAAGGAAGGCGUACGUUUGGUGCUGGAAUUUGCGACUGCCUACGCGGUCACCAAGGCUUUUCUGCCGCUCCGAAUUGCCGCAAGCGUAUGGGCAACACCUUGGUUUGCUCGAACUACACUGGUGCCAAUGGGCAAAUGGUUGAGGAGGUUGCUGGGGAGAAGGUAGAUAUUGACGUUCCCCACCAUCGCUAAAAAUUCCGGACCGAUAAUAUACCAAACCGGGAGGUCCCAUUUUGGGUCGUAAAU